CACCACUCCCCGGCCAGUCCCUGUGGCCAGGAGCUGGUGUGUAGGCUGAGGGGGGCAGCAGCACAGCUGUCCAAGCCCGGCAGGUCCCUCGCCUGUGAGGGUCAGCCUGAGCCCUGACUUCCAAGACAGAGUCAGGCUGCCCGCACACCGGAGGGGGACCAAGCAAGAAGCUGUGGCCUGGAUCCCCGUGGGGCCAUCAAGGGACUCAUGCGUCAGACACUGGCAUUGGCCAAAUGUCGCAUCAGCCCGUUGUUGCCACCAAGAUGUCAGGAGAGAUGGACAAGCCGCUGAUCAGCCGCCACCUGCUGGACAGUGAUGGGAGCCUUGCUGAGGUCCCCAGUGAGGCCCCCAAGGUGGGGAUCCUGGGCAGCGGAGACUUCGCCCGCUCCCUGGCCGCACGCCUGGUGAGCUCUGGCUUCAGCGUGGUGGUGGGAAGCCGCAACCCCAAACGCACGGCCGGGCUGUUCCCCUCGGCCGCACAAGUGACUUUCCAGGCGGAUGCAGUGGAGUCCCCUGAUGUCAUCUUUGUGGCCAUGUUCCGGGAGCACUACUCCUCACUGUGCGGUCUCAGUGACCAGCUGGCUGGCAAGAUCCUCGUGGAUGUGAGCAACCCCACAGAGCAGGAGCACCUUCGGCACCACGAGUCCAAUGCUGAGUACCUGGCUUCCCUCUUCCCCACCUGCACGGUGGUCAAGGCCUUCAACGUCAUCUCUGCCUGGACCCUGCAGUCCGGCCCGAGGGAUGGGAACAGGCAGGUGCCCAUGUGCAGCGACCAGCCGGAAGCCAAGCGUACUGUCUCGGAGGUGGUACGGGCCAUGGGCUUCAUGCCCGUGGACAUGGGGUCCCUGGCCUCGGCCCGGGAGGUGGAGGCCAUGCCCCUGCGCCUCCUCCCGGGCUGGAAGGUGCCCGCCCUCCUGGCCCUGGGCCUCUUCACCUUCUUCUACGUCUACAACUUCAUCCGCGACGUCCUGCAGCCCUACGUGCGGGACGGCAAGAGCAAGUUCUACAAGCUCCCCGUGUCCGUGGUGAACACGACGCUGCCGUGCGUGGCCUACGUGCUGCUGUCGCUGGUGUACCUGCCCGGCGUGCUGGCGGCCGCCCUGCAGCUGCGCCGGGGCACCAAGUACCGCCGCUUCCCCGACUGGCUGGACCACUGGCUGCAGCACCGCAAGCAGCUGGGCCUCCUCAGCUUCCUCUGCGCCGCCCUGCACGCUCUCUACAGCUUCUGCCUGCCCCUGGGCCGCGUUAACCGCUACGAGGUGGUCAACCUCGCCAUCAAACAGGUCUUGGCCAACAAGAGCCACCUGUGGAUUGAAGAGGAAGUCUGGAGGAUGGAGAUAUACCUCUCCCUGGGAGUGCUGGCCCUUGGCACACUGUCCCUGCUGGCCGUCACCUCACUGCCAUCCAUUGCAAACUCGCUUAACUGGAGGGAGUUCAGCUUCGUUCAGUCCACCCUGGGCUUCGUGGCCCUCGUGCUGAGCACCCUCCACACGCUCACCUACGGCUGGACCCGUGCCUUCGAAGACAGCCAUUACAAGUUCUACCUGCCUCCCACCUUCACGCUCACGCUGCUGGUGCCCUGUGUCGUUAUCCUGGCCAAAGCUCUGUUCCUGCUGCCCUGCUUCAGCCGCAGACUCUCCAGAAUCCGGAGGGGCUGGGAGAAGGACGGUGCCGCCAAGUUUAUGCUGCCGAUGGACCACGCCCUGGCCCAGAAGACGAGCCACGUGUGAGGUGCCCGCCUCUGGCCCCAGAAACCAGACACAGGCAGGACAGUGCCCCGGGCCUGUCGGGGCUGCUUUUCUCGAUCGAGCAGGACGGUGAAAUUGUGCACACAUUGGUGGUGUGAGGUCUGAAUUCCUGGGACACCAAUGUAGGUGGCAACAUUCAGAAUGGCACACACGUGUGUGUGUGUGUGUGUGUGUGUGAUAUAUAUGUUCAUGUAUAUUUCAUAUAUAUAUACAUAUAUAUAUAUAUAACAGGAUUUGCAUUUAUACUUAAAGAGUUGAGCCCCUGAGAUUUCAACUUGUAGAUUUAAAAGCAAGAGCCAGAUGUUAGAACAGCAGCUCACACUGUUGUGAUCUCUGCAGAAAUAGACACACACUCUUUGCACAGAAAAGACAGUAAGAGGCUCGUACCUUGGUGGAUUCCAUCCAUUUGUGUCCCACUCCCUUUUUGCUGCUUUCCCAAGGCUUUUGUCAAGUUGGAGCCCAAAGGGGGCAGAUAAGAGCUCUGCCUGGAGCCUCAUGGGAUCACAGGGUGGAAGGGUCGCCAGCGAGCAGGGGGUGGGCUCCUCCCUCAUUCACCUUCAGCGGCAGCAGGAGGUCAGGCGGUUGCUAGGACCCUGGGGGGUGAGCCUGGUGUCUGUGCCCUGGGAGCAAAUUAAAGAUGAGUCCUUUGCGGGGUC